GCUAAGCGUGAAAGUUCUGUAACAAGGUAGGAAAAUGGAUGGAGAAGUGGAGGAGAAUGUACCUGUUUUCCUAUCAUUCAGCAAACUUGGCGUAAAGAUUGGCGAUCGUAACAUUCUUCAAAAUGUGAGCGGGAAAAUUCGUCCAGGGGAAAUGUUGGCCGUGAUGGGCCCUAGUGGUUCCGGAAAAACAACACUGCUGAAUACUCUAGCUGGAAGAUUGCCUCCUGAUGAGGGUGAAAUUCUUCUGAAUGGGAAGAAACUUGACCGCAAACUCAAAAGGAAAAUUUGUUAUGUCUUACAAGAUGAUAUUUUCUUUGCAAACCUCACCCUACGAGAAACUCUAACAUUUUCUGCAAUGCUCCGUCUGCCGGAUACCAUGUCAAAGGUGCAAAAAAUGAAUAAGGUAGAAGAAAUAGUUGACAACUUAGAUAUCAGAAAGUGUUUGGAUACGAAGAUUGGAAGCCCUUUUGAAAGAGGACUGUCUGGAGGUGAGAAAAAGAGAGCAAACAUUGGCUGUGAGCUCAUAACAAAUCCUUCCUUGGUCUUUCUUGAUGAACCGACAUCCGGGUUGGACUCUAGCAAUGCUUUGAACCUUGUCAAGACUCUGAAGAGCUUUGCAGCAAGAGAAAUGAAGACAGUGGUAACCACCAUUCACCAGCCAUCAAGCCAGAUCUUUUACAUGUUUGACAAGGUUUUAUUGUUGUGUGGAGGACAGGUAGCAUACUAUGGUAAAGCAAACAGGGUUCUUGAUUUCUUUGAGAGUAUUGGUUUGUUUUGUGAUGCACACUUUAACCCAGCUGAUUUUAUAUUGGAAAAGGUGACCGAGGGAGAGAAAGUACAAGAAAUGAUUGUCCAAGGCUGGGCAGAAAGACAGAAAAGACAUCUGAAAAACUCAAGAAUGUCCAAUGAGUAUAGUCCAGGAAGAACUGAUGCCUCAAGUCCUACUCCAGAGCACAAUGACAAGGAUGAGGCAGAUGAUAUUAUUGCAAUUAUAAGCUGCGAAAGUUCUGAAAAAUCACUUGAUCAAGAAAAUGUGAUGGCUGUAAGUAAUACUCAUCAGAAAGAUGGGCAACCAACUGCAAUUGAAGGAUUACCAAACACAGAGGACAGGUCUGGCCUAGUUAGUCUAGAUAUGGUGCAUGAUAAUUCUGUAGUCCUUGAAAUAGAAAAUGAUGCAAGUUCUGGAGGGGUUCUAUAUGGAGAUGUGAGUGCACAGAGGUCACAGGUUGUUAACCAAGAUGUACUGAAGGAUUCUCUAAGGCUGGAAAAAGAAAAUAAAACAGGAAAUGGACAUGUACCAUCAGUUACUGAUGAAAUAUGUGUAGAGGUUUCAGAGUGGAUUGAGAGUUCAAAUCUUUUGGCUUCAAGUCCCAAACCAUCGUUAUCUAAGACCCUUUGGAGAAGUGUGAGAGGUUCAUUCACUAAAUCUUCUGAUCCUCUCCCACAAGUCCACGCUUUAGCUCGGGUAUCCUCAGCAGUUUUCCAUUUGUUUGUUGUCACAUAUACGCGAAGUACCUCACAUGAUUAUUCCAAAAUAGAUAUUGAUGUUCAUGAUGAUGAUGAAGAUUAUUCAUCACCAUACUCUGAUAUUUCCACAUCUUGGCCUACAAGUUUUUGGACACAAUUCACAGUUCUCAUGCAAAGAACUUUUAAGCAGUCCAAGCCUGAUAUUCUCUCCAAACUGAAUUUCACACAGCAUAUACUUCUUGCUUUCGUAAUUGCCCUGAUUUGGUUCCAGCGUCCUUACGAAGAGCAGAGUAUUGAAGACAGAUACUCACUGCUAUUUUUUUGCGUUGUCUACUGGAACUUCACUUCCCUCUUCAGUUCACUGAUGUCAUUUCCCAAUGAAAGAACUGUCGUGAGAAAAGAACGCGCAGCUGGUUAUUACAGACUGUCUGCCUACUAUUUAGCCAAGUCGUUGAGUGAAUUACCACUGAUCUUAUGUUACCCGACUCUGUUCAUGAUCAUUGUGUAUUGGAUGGCAGGACUGAACAGGAGCGAGGCUUUCGUUGGUACGCUCUCUGUGGUUUUGUUAACAGCCAUCACGGGGCAGGUGAGAAGUGAGAUCAUGAGAGGUAUAUCUACCAAACAGUCUGUAGGUUUGUGUAUCGGUGCUACAGUUAUGGAAUUCAAGAAGUCAAUAGUGGUUGCUGCUGUUUAUGGCCUAAGUUGUAUGUUGCUGGGCGGAUUUUAUCAGAAAAACAUACCCUGGUGGCUAUCUUGGGUCCAGUACGUGGCCUACAUAGCUUAUUCGUAUGAUGCGACCCUUAGCAUUGAAUUCAGUAAUUCUCCCACAUUUAGUUGCCAAGGGGAAGACUCAUCGUAUGCUGGUUGCAGGAACAAUGGGACUGCUAUAGAGGGCAGAGAAAUUUUAGAAAAACUGAACGUGUCUAGAGGUGUUGGCGAGAAUGCUGGCGCGCUUUUGGUGUUUAUAGUGAUUUUCAGGAUUUUGACUUAUCUUUCACUGCGCUACCUUCACAAGCCGAA